UUCCAUGCGCAAUUGUGUUUCUAAUUAUCAAAUUCCGCAGAAGGCAUCUAUCAGUGUUCGAUGCAAUCGAAAAUUUUCUCAGCGCCGACAACAAUUUGUUGCCCAUUAGAUACUCUUACACACACAUCAAAAAUAUGACCAAGGCCUUCAAGGAGAAGCUGGGAGAAGGGGGCUAUGGUUCGGUUUACAAAGCCAAACUUCGAAGCGGCCGCGAUGUUGCAGUGAAGAUAAUAAGCAACUCCAAGUCCAACGGUCAAGAUUUCAUCAACGAAGUUGCUUCCAUGGGAAGGAUUCAUCAUGUCAACAUUGCUCGACUUGUUGGAUAUUGUGCAGAGAAUUCUAAGCGUGCUCUUGUUUACGAUUUCAUGUCUAAUGGAUCACUUGACAAAUACAUUAAUAAAGGAGCUAAUGCAAGUUUGUUGAAUUGGAAAAGAAAGUUUGAGAUUGCAAUGGGAGUAGCUCGUGGGAUUGAUUACUUGCACCGAGGCUGCGACAUUCAAAUUUUACAUUUUGACAUUAAACCGCACAAUAUCCUUUUAGAUAAGAAUUUCAUUCCAAAAAUCUCUGAUUUUGGUCUUGCAAAACUGUUUCCUACUGAUAAAAGUAUUGUCACUCUUACUGCCGCCCGUGGAACAAUUGGGUAUGUGGCACCAGAGUUGAUCAAUAGAAGCAUUGGAGCCAUUUCACACAAAGCCGAUGUUUACAGCUUCGGAAUGUUACUAAUGGAAAUGCUAGGCCUAAAAAAAAUCCCAGUUACCCGGCAAGAUGAGUCGAGUCAAUACUUCCCGUCUUGGAUUUACAAUGAUAUCAACAAGGGCAAGGUAAUUGAGAUGGGAGAAUUAGAUGAGGAAGAGAAGAGAAUUACAAAGAAGAUGACCAUAGUUGGGCUUUGGUGCAUCCAAACGAGUCCAAUUCCGAGGCCUUCAAUGAGUAGGGUGGUUGAAAUGCUUGAAGGAGAUGUUGAGCUGUUGCAAAUGCCAACUGAUACUUCUUUCCUUUCGGAGCCAAUUAUGGAAAUGGAUCAAGAACAGAGUUCCAUGCCAGAAUCAUCUGAAUCCAUAGCAUUUUUGCCCGAUUCCAACAGCAUUGGUAUAAUUGUGGAUUGAAGUGUAAUUUAUAACUUUGGUGCAGUG